AUGACCGAGCAAAAUGGAGUGGUUGGAAAUGGCACAGAUAAAGGCAGCGCUGUACCUAGGAUUUAUGAGGUGAAAAUUGUUAUAGUGGGAGACGGAGGCUGUGGAAAAACCUCUCUCGUCAUGGUCUAUGUAAAAGGAGAUUUUCCAGAGUAGGAGUAUGCACCAUCAGUGUUUGAGAAGUACAGUGUUAACAUUACAGUUGGAAAUAAGCAAGUUAUGCUGAACUUGUAUGACACUGCAGGUCAAGUGGAUUAUGAUAGACUUUGUCCACUUUCAUACCAGAAUGCAGAUAUUGUUUUGAUCUGCUCUGAUGUCACAAACCCAACUAGCUUUGAUAAUGUUUUAAUAAAGUGGCAUCCUGAAGUACACCAUUUCUGUGGAGGAGCUCCUAAAGUACUGAUUAGCUGCAAGACAGAUCUUUGGAAGGAUAAAGAACGCUUAGCCAAGCUCAGAGCUUCCCAGUUAGAUCCAGUUACAUAUAACCAGGUCUGA